UUGGGAACAGAGUGCGUUCGUUUCUCAAGCUAAGCCUGCAAAUUGCUAGAGAAAUGUAGUUAUCAAGGAUUUAAAAACUCUACACCAUUUCUCUUGUGUCUAGUGAAGCGAGUAGAAUGUCUGCUGUUGGGCUGGCAUGUCUACAAUGUAAACAAUUUAUUUAAAUCUCGCUUGGGAUUUCUAGCUGCUUGUUUUAGCAUGGCGGAGAUCAGCAUUCACACAAUCCUUCUUUUUGUGCUUUCUCUGACAAAGUAUCUGGAGGGUACAAAACUGCUGGCAGACCUUAAAAAAUGUGGUGACCUGGAAUGUGAAACUUUAAUUAGCAGAGUCUUAGCUGUGAAAGAUUACACAGGACCUGACUGCCUCUACCUGAACUUCACUAAGGGAGAAGAGAUAUCUGUUUAUGUUAAACUUGCAGGAGAAAGAGAAGAUUUGUGGGCAGGAAGUACAGGAAAGGACUUUGGAUAUUUUCCCAGAGAUGCAGUCCAGGUUGAAGAGGUGUUCAUAUCUGAAGAAGUCCAAACAUCAACUACAGAAUCUGAUUUUCUUUGUCUUCUUGGAGUAAGCUACAUGUUUGAAAAUGAAGAUAGCGGGCUAAACAAUGACAACAGGGAAAAUGUAUAUCCAUAUGAAGAGGACGAAGACCUAUCAUAUAGUAUAUAUGAGACUGACUUCCAGAUAGAUCCUGAAUUCUAUGCAACUCCUCCAAGUAGUUGGUUUGAAGACCAGUUUCCAGCAUCAGAGGCUCCUGCAGGUAUCAGAAGUGCCAGUGAAUCAAAUGGCUGGGAAGAGGCAGAAACUGACAAUGUGGAAGAGGAUCGCAUCCCUGAAGUGAGUUAUGUUUUGCCACCCUUACCUGUGCCAGAAGUACAAGGACGAUUCGGACUAGGGACCGAAGAAGCUCAAGAGAAGGCUAUCGAAUCAGUUACUGAACCUGUACAAGAAAGCUUAUUUCAAAGUAGAAAAAUAGCAGUGGAAGAUGAGUCUGACCUAGAGGAAUUAAACACUGGUGAGCCCCAAACAGAACCUAAGUUCGAACCUGAGUCAGAAUUUGAAUCAGUGCCAGAGAAACAGCCUGAACAAGCUCUGGACUCAGAGCACAUUCUCAAACCGGAAGCCACUGGCUGGUUUGGCAGUGGAUUUAUAAGCUAUUUAGGUUUUGGUGAGGAGGAUACAGGACUUGAAUUAUUAUCGGAAGAAAGCAAUCUACUGCUACAAGAUAGUCCCAAUUCCAUAUCGUCUGACGAAGAGGCCACAGUUCCAUGUACCGACAUCUUAACAGAAAAAGAAGACACAGUUACUAACGAUAGCUCAAUUCUCAAGCCAAGUUGGUUUGAUUUUGGUUUUGGUAUGCUAAGCUUUGCAUAUGUCAAUGAAGACAAAAUUAUUUCAGAUGAUGGAAAAAAUGAAGACAGUGGGGUAAAUAAACAUGAACACCCUCAUGCCAGUGGACUUGAACCUGAGGAGGAAGAGGCAACAAAAAUGAUAAAAAUUACAGAAACAGAACAUCAAACAGGAAAGGAAAAAGUCUUUGAGAAAACAGAUGCUUCUGAUACCAUGCCGUAUUUGAAAAAGUUCUUGUAUAAUUUUGAUAACCCUUGGAGCUUCGAGAAUAUUCCAGAGGAAACAGAAUUGCCAAUUUCCAAACAGAUACUGAAUCAAAAUAAUGUAGGUGAAGAGGAAGAAACAGAAGAAUUUUCAGUUGAAAAUUAUCUCACAGAUAAUGUAAAAGAUCUUGUGAUGUUGGAAAGCAGAUACAGUCAGUCAGGUAUAGUCUCUACAACAGAAUUAUCCAUGAAAAAUCAUGAAGAAGUAUCUUUCAAAACCUUCUCUUCCAAAAAUAAUGACAAAAAAUCAAAAUUCCCAGUAGACUCUGAGGAGCCCGCUCAGGUAGAAAUAGACAGAUCUGUGGGAAACUCCCUUCCAGACAAUCAGAUGGUUUCAUCUGAUGAUGCUUUGUCUUCUCACAAAGAAGAUGCUUCUAGGUUUCAGAUCCUGAAAUAUUUAUUUCAAAUUGAUAUUUGUGAUGUCAUGACUUCUAUAUUUUCGCCAGUUGUACUUCUUUCAGGAUGGGUUGUGGCAGCACUGCCUGAAGAGAUGAGACCAGGCCCGAAUCCCUCUGGUUUAUCAUGGGAAUUGGUGAUGGGGGCAGCUGUUGUUGGUUUUUUUGCUGUUCUCUUAUUUUUAUGGAGAAGUUUUCGAUCAGUUAGAAGCCGGUGUUAUGUGGGGAGAGAAAAACACCUUGCUAUAAAACUUUCUAAACUAAUUGAAGAAAAAUGCAAACUACUUGAAAAAGUUAGCCUUGUUCAAAAAGAGUAUGAAGCUUUAGAAUCUUCUUUAAAGGAUGCCAGCUUUGAGAAGGAGUCAACAGAAGCACAAAGUCUGGAGUUUGAUGAAGGAUCGCAAAUAUCUAAGGAAACCUGUGAAAAGCUGGAGAGGAACAAUUCUAAGCUUGAAGAUGAAAUACUCUUUCUUGAAAAAGAACUAAAUGAUGAGAAAUCUAAACAUUCUGAACAAGAUGAAUUGAUGGCUGAUGUUGCAGAAAAGAUACAGACCCUAGAAGAUGAAUCAAAAUCUCUCAAAUCCCAAGUAGCUGAAGCCAAAACAACCUUCAAAAUAUUUCAAAUCAAUGAAGAACGACUUAAGGGAGCAAAAAAAGAUGCUUUGAGUGAAAAUUCCCAACUUCAGGAAAGUCAAAAACAGCUUUUACAAGAAGCUGAAGUGUGGAAAGAACAAGUGAGUGAACUUAAUAAGCAAAAAAUUACAUUUGAAGACUCCAAAGUACAUGCAGAACAAGUGCUAAAUGAUAAAGAAAAUCACAUCAAGUCUCUGACUGAACACUUGAUAAAGAUGAAAGAUUGGGCUGCUGUGCUUGGAGAAGACAUAACCGAUGAUGGUAACUUGGAAUUGGAAAUGAAGAGUGAAUCAUCGAGUGGUGCUCACUUAGAUAACGAACCAAAAGGAGCUUUGAAGAAAUUGAUUUAUGCUGCUAAGUUAAAUGCGUCUUUGAAAUCCUUAGAAGGAGAAAGAAACCAGAUUUAUACUCAGUUAUCUGAAGUAGAUAAAACAAAGGAAGACCUUACAGAGUGUAUUAAAAAUCUUCAGACUGAACAAGCAUCAUUGCGGUCAGAAAAUACACAAUUUGAAAGUGAAAAUCAGAGGCUUCGGCAGAAACUUGAAGUAAUGACUGAACUGUAUCAAGAAAACGAGAGGAAACUCCACAGGAAAUUAACAGUAGAGGAAAAUUGUCGGUUAGAAAAAGAGGAAAAACUUUCUAAACUGGAUGAAAGGAUCAGCCAUGCCACUGAAGAGCUGGAGACCUAUAGAAUACGAGCCAAAGAUCUUGAAGCAGAAUUGGAGAGAACCAUUCAGUCUUAUCAAGGGCAGAUCAUUUCCCAUGAGAAAAAAGCACAUGAUAAUUGGUUGGCAGCUCGGACUGCUGAAAGAAACCUGAAUGAGUUAAGGAAAGAAAAUGCUUACAACAGACAAAAAUUAACUGAAGCAGAGUUUAAAUUUGAACUUUUAGAAAAAGAUCCUUAUGCACUUGAUGUUCCGAAUACAGCAUUUGGCAGAGAGCAUUCCCCAUAUGGUCCGUCACCAUUGGGUCGGCCUUCAUCUGAGACGAGAGCUUUUCUCUCUCCUCCAACCUUGUUGGAGGGUCCACUCAGACUCUCACCUUUGCUUCCAGGGGGAGGAGGAAGAGGCUCAAGAGGCUUAGAGAAUCCUCUGGACCAUCAGAUUAGCAAUGAAAGAGGAAACUCAAGCUACGACAGGUUAACUGAUCCUCACAGAGCACCUUCUGACACUGGAUCUCUGUCACCUCCAUGGGAACAGGACCGUGGGGUGAUGGUUCCUCCACCAGGCCAACCAUAUCCUGACCCAGCUCUUCCACUACAAAAGCAAGACAGAUACUAUUCUAAUUCUGGUAGACUGUCUGGACCAGCAGAGCUUAGAAGUUAUAAUAUGCAUUGUUUGGAUAAAGUGGAUGGACUGGUGUCUUCAGAAAUGGAAUCCAGUAGAAAUACCAAAGAUGAUCCUGGUAAUUCAAAUGUGCCUGAUUCUUCUCUCCCUGCUGAAAGCAAAGCAACUGGCCCUGGCUUUGUUCCUCCACCUCUUCCUCCUGUUGGCGGUCAGCCGUUUCUGAUGUAUCCGAGGAGCCAGGUCCUGAGGAGAGGACCUCCUUUUCCUCCACCUCCUCCAGGAAACAUGUACAGAGCUCCUCGAGAUUAUUUUCCACCAAGGAAUUUCUCUGGCCCACCUCCUCCAUUCCCAAUGAGAAAUGUCUAUCCACCACGGGGUUUUCCUCAUUAUCUUCCCCCAAGAGCUGGAUUUUUCCCCCCACCCCCACAUUCUGAAAGUAGAAGUGAGUUCCCUUCAGGGUCGAUUCCACCUUCAAAUGAGCCUGCUGCUGAACAUCCAGAGCCACAACAAGAAACCUGAAAAUAUUUUUGAUCUGUCUUCAAAAGUAAUUUUAUCUAUCAUUUUCAGUUUAAGUAACUGCUGUUACUUAAGUGAUUAUACUUUUGCUCAAAUUGAAGCUUAAUGGAAUUAUAAUUCUCAGGAUAGUAUUUUGUAAAUAA